GCUCUACCCCAAGGGGGGCACGCCAACUUGGCCAGGUCGCUAAAGAAGCAGGAAUCAAAUAACAUCGAUUGCAAGCCAAACAGUGGCCAACAUCGCCGCUUGGAACAGCAGAUAAGGAAAGGCAAGGGGAACCCAGUGAGCGCCCGUAUUCGAACGACAAUCCAUGGCACCGUCGGUGUCAACCUCUGGCUGGAUCGCGCGGGCCGUCGUACGCUACCACCGAGCCAGCCGGCAUGGGGUGCUGUGGCGGGGCGUCGAUCUAGAUAUUGAAGGCCCAAUAUCGGGGUCAAUCUUGUUGCGAAAUGGGAGAGAUGGGGGUUUCGUCCCCAAUAUCACACAAAAAUAGGCACACCUCGAUCAACACUCGCAGCCCGCUUACUAUAUCCUCAGCAAAUCCCAUAUUGGAAAUAUCAAAAAUGGGGUUGAUCAUUGCAAUCCGACUAGGUGCGUUUUUAAUCGGGAACUUUCAGGGCUGAGGUGCCAGUGACCACAUGGAAUUACUUGCCACGUGAGUCGGCGACAGCGACGUGACUUCAAAGUCCUGAUGAAACGCGGGAAGCAAGCAUGGCACCAGAGCAAAGAUAGUUUGGCGUGUGCUCAUCAACCCAGCUGGUUUCAUGCUCGGCGAUUAGAGUCCAGUCAGCGUAACACCGAGCCAGGGGCGAUGGGACAGAAAACCACCACAUCUCAGCAGGAGAAAGGGAUCAGAAGUACCCGACACCACAACAUCAAGACAAAAUAGACACUACUAUUUGCAUCCAGAUACACCAAUCCCAAGCUCCAAUACGGACUUUAUAGGCUCCCAUGCGACGAGGGGCUGUGUCCACUUUCUGGGUGGCCCUACAUCAUCGAAGCCAAAGGCCCUACCUGGCCGUUGAUUUACAAGGUCGUAGCAGACCUAGCAGCCACCAUAUUGGUGGACACCACAUCCAUUUACGAACUACUUCGACCAUAACAGCGCCUGACGAGAUGCCCGUGGCUGUACGGAGGUCGGCCAGGCUCAGCGCUGCUCCGGAGCAGGCGUCGGCGUCUGCGCCGAUGCCUCCACCCCCAAAGCCUGCUAGACAGAGACGCGGCACGGGCGCGCCCAGGAAAAGAAAGGUGACCAAGACCGAAGACGAGGAGGACGGCGCAACAGCAGCAGCGAGUGCUCCGCCCGCGCCGCCAUCAACUCCGCCGCCGAGGAAGAAGCGCCGCGCAACAGUGGCCGCCUCUCCCGCAGCGGAGCCGCCGGCUACGCCCACCCCGAGCGCCGUGGGGCUGAUCUCGGAGCCCCAGGGCAGGCCGGGCCGGCGGUCGCAGCAGCAUCCGGCGACUGUGCGCGCCGCCAACCCGCGCGCCACCAACGCGGCGCUGCUGUCGCCCGAGACGUCGCGUGUCGUCGUGUCGGCCCAGCCGCCCAUCGAGGACCUGUCCCCGGUCAAGCAACCUGCAGCAGCGGCGGCGGCGGCAGCAGUAGCAAACGACAAGCCGCCGGCCGCAACCACGACCGCCACCAUCCUCGACGAGGCGUGCGCGUACCUCGUCAGGGUCGACGCGCGCAUGAGGUCGCUCGUCGAGGCGCACCACUGCCACAUCUUCAGCCCCGAGGGCCUGGCGGAGGAGAUCGAUCCGUUCGAGAGCCUUUGCAGCGGCAUCAUCAGCCAGCAGGUGUCGGGCGCCGCCGCGCGCUCCAUCAAGGCCAAGUUCGUCGCGCUGUUCUCCCCGCCGCCGUCACCGCCAUCACCACCACCGCACAGCGGCGGCGACGACGACGACACCGCCACCACCACCGAGCCGCCCCGCCGCUUCCCGCAACCCUCCCAAGUCGCCGCCGCCUCGCUAGAGCGCCUGCGCACGGCCGGCCUCUCGCAGCGCAAGGCCGAGUACGUGCAGGGCCUGGCCGCCAAGUUCGCGUCGGGCGAGCUGUCGGCGGCGGCGCUGGCCGACGCGCCCUACGACGAGGUCGUCGCGCGCCUGACGGCCGUGCGCGGGCUCGGGCAGUGGAGCGUCGAGAUGUUCGCCUGCUUCGCCCUGAAGCGGAUGGACGUCUUCAGCCUCGGCGACCUAGGCGUCCAGCGCGGCAUGGCCGCCUUUGUCGGGCGCGACGUCGCCAAGCUCAAGGCCGCGGGCAAGGGAGGCAAGUGGAAGUACAUGAACGAGGCCGACAUGCGGGAGCUGUCGGACCGGUUCAAGCCGUAUCGGAGCUUGUUCAUGUGGUACAUGUGGCGGGUUGAGGAGACUGACGUGAGCACUAUGGAGUAGAGUGGCCGGUUCACGGCAGAAGGUGGGCUGGUGUUUGUUAGUUUAAAUAGAUCCGUCAUGUGGCGCGAAUAGACCAGAUGGUGCCAGGACGGCUGUUUAGACAUUCAUAUGAUCUUGUGUAAAGCAACCUCACAGCCUUUAUACAGUUGGCCAUGCCCUUGAGCGCUGUAGGCCUCCAAGCUUCUGAUGAGGGAACGAAAUCUCAGGGCCAAUCCCCUUUGAGGAGGGAGCAAUUGGCCGAGAAGGAAAAGACCUGCAAUGGCGUAUCGGCACUCAAUUUGAUACACUCAAGAUACAUGCCAUAUCUGUCUCUAUGGGUUUCACUCGUGUUCGUGGGCGAGCCGGACGUCACGCAGAUGGCGAGCGCCAGAACUUGCUCCUCUAGCCUUCUCACAUGCCUGCCCCACCAGGCCACGCCGCGGCCCGUCUCUGCUCUCACAACCGGGGAGGCCGGCUGCUCCGUUUUUGGACGUCAUGUC